UACCUCAUCGUCCUGACGUCCAACUUUUAAUUAUUAUAUACACGUCAAUGGUUCCUGCUUCAUGUACGUAGUUUCUUGCGUUGUUUCCUGCAUUAAAAUUCCAACCUCGAAUCAUUUUCAUUGAUAUGUAGUAUACUAGUAUGUACUCCUUGUUACUCCUCUGUGUCUUGUUCUUGUAUUUCUUGCGUCAGAGAGAGAGAGAUAUGAUGAGCAAUAUCCUGAAUCCCAUGUGGGAGCUGGAGGUCAGAGUUUUGUCAUGUGAAGGCCUCAGUCUGAUAAGCGAGUCGUCUUCUUUUUCCUCGUGGUGGUCCUCCUUCAUAUUUACGCCGGCGAAUUCCACGCCCUCGCAUUUCUUUUCCGUGACGAAGCUGCCUGAUCAGAAACCUAAGGUGUACAGUGAGAGGCUGGAAGGCGAAGGAGCAGCAGAAGGAGGGGUGUUACGCGUGCCAGCCGAUUCCCACUUCCUCUCCGAUACGCAGUCUUGUCUGUACCUUCAGUUACACCGGAAGCGGCGGAUUUUGGGGCCGACUCAAGUGGGGUGGUGUCUGAUUCCAGCGUCUGAUAUUUGGCCGCCGCCGCCACCUCCCCCGUGUGUUCGUUGCCUGAGUUACAGGCUACGAGGGAGAGACGGGUGCGCGGGUGGCGCCAUAAUCAACCUCAGUAUUCAGUUGAAGGAUAGGCAUGACGCUGCCGCUGCUUCUCCGGCGAUCGGAAUUCCCAUUGGGAAGAUGGAAGAGGGACAGAUGAAAUCUGGGUGCUGAUUUGAUAAUUCAGUUUGGUCUACUGCUUUUGGAGAAAUAACCUUUUUUCACGGUGGAAAAAUAUGAGCUCAACCACAUGCAUGCUUACCAUUUCCGGUCCACUUCUGUGUACGUGUCUCGUUUUGUUUUCUUGUGCUUCUUUUUUACCCCUUCUUUUAUUCGAUCGGUUUUAAACUUUUUCUUUUUUUUUGUAGAAAGAUGAAUCAUGGGAGAGUUUUAUUCAUCUGUACCCUCGCUUCAAUAUGAAUUACUAUUAUUUAUUAGCGGA